CAGUCUGCCAUCAUUUGACAGUAGCAGAGGCAUUCAGUUUAUUUCGACUGCUAUGACAUUUGUUUCUUAGAGAAAUUCCUGCGAAUGCCAAUUCACCAAGCAUAAGGACAUCGUUUCCAGGCCCUCGUACAACAGUCUACUAUUUCUAAUAUCUUACCAUUUCUGUAAUCUUUGUAGUUACAGUGUCCUUUUUUUUUUAAUAUGGACCUAACGAAUUUAUACGGAAAAAAAAAAAUUGAAUCUAUUUUGGUAAUGGAAAAAAGAAUUUCCAGUGUGGUUACGAACCACAUCUUAUGAGCUGUUCUUUGCCUCCCACUUUAAGAAUUACCAAGUAUUUUUAAAAAUUGGAACCUGAAAUUCAGUUCAUUGCUUGGAUGCAUUUCUUAAGAAACCUCUGAGAAUUGAUUGUAGGAAAUUAGGGGAGCAGUUAGAAGAUGAUUGGAAAUAAGAUAGUGAGAGAAGAGCAAAAUGACCUGAAAAUGAGGACUUUACAAUUUUAAUUUUACCAGUGAAAGUGGAUUUGUUGUUUUUCUCUUUCUGUUAUACUCUGUGGUCCCAUAUUGGACAGUCUGUUGCAAAAAGCCAUUAUAGAUUUCAUAUAGGCCACUGUUUGAGUAUCUGGAACUGGGAGUCUAUAGAGUAGAAUUGGGUAAAGUAAGACAAUGACUUAACUAAUGUAAAUAGCAUCUUCUGGUAUCUUGGAACUUAAGAGAUCCUUUUUCCACCUCAGAAUAUUUUAUGUGAGACACACUGGGGACUACCUCACUGCUAUUAGAUCUCAUAAUGUUAUCUGGUCACAUUUCUUAUUCUGCCUACCUCUAGUUUACUCUAGUUUCUCUUCUGCUUUCAAGGCUCCAGACCCAGUUCCUGGACCUGCCCUGGAAAAGAAGUAUCCAGUAGAGAUGAGCUCACUGCAGUUACUUAAUUAAAAAUUUGUAAGCUACAAAAAUGGCAAUGGGCCAACCAGGAACAGCUACAAUUUGAAUUUUUCUAUUUCCAGAAAAUGCUUGGACAGAAGAGAUGAGUACUAUUUCCACUAAGGCCUAGAAUUGCCUACUGUACAAAUAGUCCUGAUCAGGCAAUAUACGAAUGGCCCAAGGAAGCCACCAAAUUGAUUUUCAGGUUUUACAUGACCUGCGACAAAAAUUCCCUGAAGUACCUGAAGUUGUUGUAUCCAGGUGCAUGUUACAGAAUAAUAAUAACCUGGAUGCUUGCUGUGCUGUUCUCUCUCAAGAGAGUACAAGGUAUCUUUAUGGUGAAGGAGACUUGAAUUUCUCGGAUGACUCUGGAAUUUCUGGCCUCCGAAAUCACAUGACUUCUCUCAACUUGGACUUGCAGUCACAGAAUGUUUACCACCAUGGAAGAGAAGGAAAUAGAAUGAAUGGAAGCAGGACUCUGACGCACAGCAUUAGUGAUGGACAACUUCAAGGUGGUCAGUCCAAUAAUGAACUCUUUCAGCAGGAGCCACAGACAGCACCAGCUCAAGUUCCUCAAGGCUUUAAUGUUUUUGGAAUGUCUAGUACAUCUGGUGCUUCAAAUUCAGCACCACAUCUUGGAUUUCAGUUAGGCAGCAAAGGAACAUCUAACCUUUCUCAGCAAACUCCCAGAUUUAAUCCCAUUAUGGUAACUUUAGCCCCAAAUAUCCAGACUGGUCGUAAUACUCCCACAUCUUUGCACAUACAUGGUGUCCCUCCACCUGUACUUAACAGUCCACAGGGAAAUUCUAUCUAUAUUAGGCCUUACAUCACAACUCCUAGUGGUACAGCUCGACAGACGCAACAGCAUUCUGGCUGGGUAUCUCAGUUUAAUCCUAUGAACCCUCAACAAGUCUAUCAACCUUCACAACCUGGUCCCUGGACUACUUAUCCUGCAUCUAAUCCUAUGUCACAUACCUCAGCCCAGCAGCCAAACCAGCAAGGCCACCAGACCUCUCAUGUCUACAUGCCCAUCAGUUCACCUACUACUCCACAGCCACCAACAAUUCAUUCAUCUGGUAGCUCACAGUCUUCUGCCCAUAGCCAAUAUAACAUUCAGAAUAUUUCAACAGGACCUCGAAAAAACCAGAUUGAAAUCAAACUUGAACCCCCACAAAGAAACAGCUCUUCAAAAUUGCGUUCUUCUGGACCUCGAACCUCCAGCAGUUCCUCUUCAGUCAACAGCCAGACCUUAAAUAGAAAUCAGCCCACUGUUUACAUAGCUGCCAGUCCCCCAAAUACUGAUGAGGUGAUGUCCCGUAGUCAACCCAAGGUCUAUAUUUCAGCUAAUGCCGCCCCAGGAGAUGAACAGAUCAUGCGGAAUCAGCCCACCCUCUUCAUAUCCACAAACUCUGGAGCAUCUGCUGCCUCCAGGAAUAUGUCUGGGCAAGUGAGCAUGGGUCCUGCCUUUAUUCAUCACCACCCUCCCAAAAGUCGAGCAAUAGGCAAUAACUCUGCAACUUCUCCUCGAGUCGUGGUCACUCAACCCAAUACAAAAUAUACUUUCAAAAUUACAGUUUCUCCUAAUAAACCCCCUGCAGUUUCACCAGGGGUGGUGUCCCCUACCUUUGAACUUACAAAUCUUCUAAACCAUCCUGAUCAUUAUGUAGAAACAGAGAAUAUUCAGCACCUCACGGACCCUACUUUAGCACAUGUGGAUAGAAUAAGUGAAGCACGGAAGUUGAGUAUGGGAUCUGAUGAUGCUGCCUACACUCAAGCUCUGUUGGUACACCAGAAGGCCAGAAUGGAACGACUUCAAAGAGAACUUGAGAUUCAAAAGAAAAAGCUGGAUAAACUAAAAUCUGAGGUCAAUGAAAUGGAAAAUAAUCUCACUAGAAGGCGCCUGAAAAGAUCAAAUUCCAUAUCCCAAAUACCUUCACUCGAAGAAAUGCAGCAGUUGAGAAGUUGUAAUAGACAACUCCAGAUUGACAUUGACUGCUUAACCAAAGAAAUUGAUCUUUUUCAAGCCCGAGGACCACAUUUUAAUCCCAGCGCUAUUCAUAACUUUUAUGACAAUAUUGGAUUUGUAGGUCCUGUGCCACCAAAACCCAAAGAUCAAAGGUCUACCGUCAAAACACCAAAGACUCAAGACACAGAAGAUGAUGAGGGGGCUCAGUGGAAUUGUACCGCCUGUACUUUUUUGAACCAUCCAGCCUUAAUCCGCUGUGAACAGUGUGAGAUGCCAAGGCAUUUCUGAGCCAAAAGGCCCUGUAGCUCUAAAACCACAUUGGAAGUUCAAGAAACGAGUCUGUCAUCAGGGGAAAAGUUUCACUGCUACAUAGGAUUUUGUCAAAUUGAAGGUGUGACGAGAUGGUGUUGUGCUAAUGUUAAAUGUCAGCCCACAGAGCUAGUGAUACCUCAGUCUAAUGUCAUGGGCAGUUGAAAUUCAUCACAUGAAAGGGGAUCUGCUGAGAGAGCCGGUUGCCUGCUGCCUAAGCACGUACAGUGUUACCAGUAGCCCAUUGUGGAUAACUCUCAAUAUACUAAUGCCUAGGUGUGCCCAGGACCUUUUCCCCCUCAUGUCACUACUGAAUUUUGACAGGAGGAAGGAAUAGAACGAUGGCUUUUUUUUUUAAAGCUUUCGGU